AUGAGAAACCCUGUCGUCGAUGUCAAGAGAAAGGCAUCGAGUCAGGAUGAGGCUAUCUUCUCUCAAGAUGAUGGGUCGUCAUCUAUGUCUGCGUUCCCUGAUCAUAACAGUAUUGGGUCAACGUCGGGGUCUUCUGUCAUGGAGCAGCCUUCACUGGACAUACUCACGCCGCAGACAUCACAUAGCCUCUUCCAGAAUCUUGACCCCUCCAUGAACACCAACAUUGAUCCCCUCUUCUUCCCUCUCCCCGAUCUCAACCUUCUAUCAGGAGGAUGGGCCAACCCCAACGCCAACGAUGUCGACAUGUACACCUACAAUCAACUCGAUGACAUAGACCUCCGGUUCCUCGACUCAUACAACACCAGCAUCCCCUUCGAAGUGAGAAGUAUACAGCCUACUCCCCGGGGCGCCCAAACCCCACGCGCCGCAUCGCAUACCGAUCCCGGCGAACCCGCUGCCAUGUGUACUGAGGCCUUUCAAAACUCUCACUGGAAGUUCCGACCAAACGCCAAAGACCAUGCUGGCGCUGAGGAGCAUAAUCUCUCCCUUCCCGCUACCGACUCUGCCUACCCUUCACCCGAGUCUGGUGUCGCCUUGGACUCAAACACAAGAGUCACUUCUGCCAAGUUGGAAGGACCCGCUCGUGACAGGAUACUCAUGAUGGUCGUCAAUAGCUGUCGUUCAGAUCACUUGUCGAAAGCAGUAGCCUCAUUCCCCUCUGCUGAGUUGUUGGACACCUUGCUUCAGUACUAUCUCACAUCCCCCGUCACGCAUGCUACAUCCUUCAUCCACGCCGCCUCCUUUAACCCCAACGAGAAGAGGCCGGAACUUGUCGCUGCCAUGGCUGCCUGUGGUGCAGUCUUGACUUCCGAUCCUGCUUUGUCAAAGCUUGGGUAUGCUAUACAAGAGUGCUUGAGGAUAGCAGUCGCCAAACAUUGGGAACAGGAUAACAGUCUUGUACGUGAUCUUCAACUUACCCAAGCCUUCGUCAUCACCCUCGAGAUGGGUAUCUGGAGCGGUCUCCCCCGUAAGGUCGAGAUAGCAGAGAGCUUCUUCAACCCCGUACUCACCAUGAUGCGCCGCGAUGGAAAGUUCAAGAGGUCAGUGUACUCCCAGAGCAAGACCAUGCAAUCUCCAGGGCUAGUCUCUCGGGAAGAGUGGUUUCAGUGGGUAGAGGAUGAGUCCUUCAAGAGGCUCGCCUUCAGGAUGCUAUCUCAUGAUGCCAACACUUCCGCGGCGCUGCUGGUCAGUCCUUCGGUGUCGUAUGCCGAGGUCCUUCUGCCUUUCCCGGAACAUGCGGACUUGUGGACUGCUGCGUCGCCGGAACAGUGGAAUUCGCUCAAGGUCUCGCGCCGACAAGAUGAGCCGCUCUUUGUUGCGGACGUCAUCGAUGAUCCUGAUAUUCUCAACAACCAUACUGACACGGUCGACUCAUACGUCGCCAUCAUGGCGGUCCUCUCUUGCACAUGGACUAUGUGCUGGGAGUAUCUCCAACUCUCAUCCCUGCAAAGAUCACGACCUCGACGCUGGAAUACCCUCGUCACAGAGAUGCGAAAAGACGAACUCCUCAAACUCCUUGGACACCUGAAGCUCAGUCUAUCCGCCGACACUUCUUCAAACCCUGAGAUCCAAAUGCGUCUGGAACUCGCCCUUCUUCACCUCCACAUGCCCUUCGAAGAUAUUCAGAUAUUUGCAGGCAUGGAAGGUCCCGAACGAGCACGUGCAGUCUAUCCCACCGUCCGCGACUGGGUGAAAAGCGAAUCCGCCCGCCACACAAUAUUCCACGCCGCUCAGAUCAUGCACAUUGCCAAGAACUCGCCCCGCGGUUCGAUGCGCGGCCCCAUGGCCAUAAUUCUAUACCACGCGAGUCUCGCAUUCUGGGUAUACGGCCUGUUAUCCGACCAAUCCAGCCUGUCCCGCGCAUUAAGUCAGAAUAUUUACUUGGACGAAGCAGAUAGUAUAGCACUUCAAAGAUUCAAAGGGUUUGGACAGGGUCAGCCUUGUAUACGGUGGAGAACGGAGAUUCAGGGUGAGGGGGAGGUUGUGAUCAGUGUGCCGCUUUCUCAGCCUGACAAGGUCAUGGAGGCGGUUAUGGGGAUUGUGAGUAGUAAUUUUACGGGGAUGCCGGUGCCGCAUCUUACGGAAAAGCUGGUGCAGCUUAUGGAAGAGUUGGAGAAUUCGGCAAAGAGGAAACUGGAUGCAUGA